AUGGACAAUCCACCCCUUGCGGCCCAAUUAAUUGAUCCAAACGAAACCCGCCGUCGCUUUUCUUUCCCCUUUUCCACGGCUCUUCAUCGCUUUGAGAUCAACCCUUCCCCAAUAUCUGGCCCUCUCUUUCCGUCCGUCUCCUCGACGCUCCAGCGAUCUCUCUCUUGCAGGCAGCUAACCCCUCGUCGUCCAGGGUUUCUCGCGCCGCUCGUGGAUCAUUUAUCUACCCGCGAUGUCACCUCUGUUAUGCUCUUCCGGAAGAGUUUGGUCUCUGAUUCGUUCGCCGACUUUCCUGCGCUUCCAGCCAAUGCUAGUUUCUGUCAAUUUCUUUGCGUCAAAGUCUCGAAUAGAUCAGCUAGGGAUUUCAAAGAUUAAAGAACUGAAUCGAGAGGAACUGGAGCGAGAGAUUGAAGAGUUUAAAGAACUGGAGCGAGAGGUUGAAGAGUUUAAAGAAAAAAUUGACUAUCCCAAAGCUAAACACUUCCACAAUUGUCUAAACCAUCCUAAAUAUGAAUACUUUCCACGCCCCUUUCCUAAUGUAUACUUACCAUGCCACUUAACCUACUUUACCGAAGUUGAAGACUUUCCCACAACUAAACCCAAAGUUGAAGUUGGCUUUCACUCUAAACCCAAAGUUGAAGUUGCCUUUCCCCUCCUAUCAAAUUUGGAAAAUGGAUGUACUUGUCAACUUGAAAAAGUGGAAGACCAACCAGUUUGAUUUGCUGGACAGAAGAUCCGAACUGAAGAUGAACUGACUAUUAGGUUUGAUCGAGAAAUGUGAUUUUGUUUUGUACUGCUUUAAUUACUCAGGGCUGCUGUAGAUAAGUAAUUUGUAAUGGUACAGUUUGAGCAGGGUAUUGAGAAUUGUUUUCUUAUUACUUUGAUUUGCUUGGAAAUUUUAAUUUACAUGCUGUUCAUAAUUAGUGUUUAAAA